GAAAGUAAUAAUGCGCCUUGGCGACAUCAAUUUGAAUCCCAAAACCCUAACGGGAUCAAGUCCAGUUUCCCGCACACACAGUUGUUGUCUCCUCUCUCUUGCGGUGUGGCAGAGAAAAUGGAGGUUUCAAGUCUCUGCUUCGAGAAAAACGCAAUGCUGUUUGCCUCUGUUGUGGAGGCUGUGCUGCUUCACACUCUCCUCGCCACUGCCAAAUCUCUUGCUUGCCUUCUCCUCACGACCGGUUCUCUUCUCACAGAUGCCGAUAAUUUAGUGUCACCAAUUGAUGAAAGGUUUCAUUUACACCAACUGGGUAAGGGGAAACAUACUUCUGAAGAAAACAAGGAUGCCAGUGACACUGAAGAUGAUGAUGAUGACGAAGAUGACGAGGUGAAUGAUGAUGAUGUAGAUGAUGAGGAUUUCUCUGGCGAUGAAGGUGUGGGAGAAGCUGAUUCUGAUGAUGAUGUUGAUGGUGUAGCUGGAAGUGAUGAUAAUGAUGAUGAUGACGACGAAGAUGAUGAAGAUAACGAUGAAGACAAUGGAGAUGAAGAUGAUGAUGAAGAUGAAGAGGAAGAGGAAGAGGAGGAUUCUUCCCAACCACCUUCUAAGAAGAGGAAAACCGACUCCAGUUUCCAGCGCAUACUUGUUGUCUCCUUUCUCUCUCUCUUCGCUGUAGCAGAGACAAUGAGAAUGGAGCUUCCGAGUCUCUGCUUUCUGGAGAAAGCGACGCCGUUGCUCUCUGUUGUUGAGGUGGCGCUGCUUCAUACUCUCCUCGCUACUGCCAAAUCUCUUGCUUGCUUUCUCCUCGUGACCGGAUCUCUUCUUACAGAUGUCAAUAAUUUAGUGUCACCAAUGGAUGGAAGGUUUCUUUUAAACGAACUGUGCAAGGGGAAACAUGCUUCUGAAGAAAACAAGGAUGCUAGUGAAACAGAGGAUGAUGAGGAUGAUGAAGACGUGAAUGAUGGAGAUGAUGACGAUGACCAGGGAGAUGACGAGGAUUUCUCUGGUGAUGAAGGUGAGGGAGGAGGAGCUGAUUCUGAUGAUGAUCCUGAGGCCAAUGGUGGAGGUGGAAGUGGUGAUGAGAACGAGGAUGACGAUGAUGAUGAUGACGACGGUGAUAAUGAUGACGAUGAUGGAGAAGAAGAUGAUGAAGAGGAAGAGGAUGAAGAGGAUGAGGAAUCUCUCCAACCACCUUCUAAGAAAAGGAAAUGAGAAUUAGGCUAGUUAGGCAAAUUGUCAUCUUUCUGCCUUUGUAAUGCUUUCUAGUUUCUAGUCAAAUUUAGUUCUUAGGACAGAUACCAGCUUGGACCUGUCACCCCAUGUUUUUGUUGUCUAUUAUCAUAAUUUAUAAACAUUAUAAUUAAUAUA